AUGGCGUCAUCCCCUGUCAAGUUCCUCUACGUGUUCCUUCUGGUCUGCAUCCUCGGUUGGGUCGUCGUCAAGUGAGCCUCCGAACUUGGGCUUAUCAUUAUCUCCAAGGAGUUGUCUGGAAUUUUGAAAAUUCACUCAUUUGUGUUGUCGCUGGUCGGAUUUAUCAGCAACCCGACGACCGACUCAUCCUUCACUUUGAAAACCAGCUCGUCGAUGUUGUCACUGGACGGAAAACCUAUGGGUUUGGGGCGCUAAUUUUAUCUUUUCGCUAGAUGGCCUUCCCGUUGGACCUCGUCUUUUGACAGUUUCGAUGGAUUCGCAGUUUUAAACAAUCAGAGGACUCGGUGCGGCUACCUUGUUGUUUUUUUCCCGGUGAUUGAAUUGUUUGAGAAGCAGAGUAUGACUUGGGGUAUUACUGAUUAGGUAGGUGGAAAACGAAACUUGCUGGUUGUCGGAGUCUCGUUCUUGAAAUAGAUUAGCAACUAGCGUGGCCCUGUUAGAAAUCAGAAAACCUCUUGAAGGUUAAUUUGACAAUCUGCUUCUCCAGUUGAACUCGAGUUUGCCUUCUGAAUAGUGAUAAACCAUGCAUAAACAUACUGAGACAGUUGAUUCAAUCGCCGAAAUGUUAUAGAUGGAUCUGUGCAUUUGUUGAGUCGGUUCUGUCAGAAGGGUAAACAUCAGUUUUUCGUCCAUAGUUAGUAACACAUAGGCAGCGGUCAAAUUGUAGCACUUGGCAGGUGUUUAGAUUUACGAUGCCUCUUACUCCUCCUUACCUCGUACUUUGGCUCGCUCUGAUUGCUUGUUGGAAAGAUUCUUCGGUGGGAACCUGGCAUUUGAGGAGGAUUUGAGACUUUCCUUCUCUUGUGAACGGGCAAGAUGACUAUUUGCCAAACAGGGACAUAAUUGUUGUCUCAGUAACCCUUGUAUACUUGUACUCUGUGACGUUUGAUGGAGUUAAGCUCAGAAUGUAUGUGACAGGACUUUUCACAGAUCCUCACGCACAGUAACUGCAUGUAAAGGAGUUAUCCUGCACUUUUGAUUCUCUAAUUGACGGUCAUAAUUUAGUUAAGGCUCAGAGCAGGCCAGAUUCAAUUAACACCCUUUUGCUUUGCUAUUCGGUUUGUCAGAUAGAAAAUCUUUUUCGGUUUGUCAGAUAAAAUAUGUUAUUCAUUAAAGUGGUGAAUAAGAGACAGUGUUUGCCAGUCUAAAGUUCAAUGAUAGUUACUUUUCACUCGAAACACUUUUCAAUGGCCCUCGUUUUAGUUUACAUGCUCAGAUGGCGUUCCGUGUACAUAUCCAUCAUUAAUGUUUACGAGACAGAUUCAUUUAAACCCGAGCAGGAAAUAGAUAUUCGUGCACAUUGUCAAUUGCUUUCAAAAUCCUUCGUCUCCAUUGAUAUAAAUUCGACAAUUGUCUUUCAGGAUUCUGAAUACAAGUUACAUGCUAAAUUUUUUGAUUGUACAUUUUUUCUUGUGUUGGUUAUUAUGAAUGCAAACAUGAUUUUAAAGUUAACUCCCUUUUAGACAAUUAGUGAAGAAUUGGAUGGCUGGCCCUUUCUUUUCAAUAUCUGACAAUUACCUGUUUCUUCUAGAUUCUUUUCCAGACUACUGGCAUGGUUUCUGAGUCGUAUUUUUGGGGCAUCCGUUGGACUUCGGAUUGCUGGAUGCAAUUGCCUGAGGGAUGUAACCGUGAAGUUCAGAAAGGUUUGGCUACAGUAUAUUGAACUCACUCUGUCUGCUUUCAAAAGGAUAGUUUUGCCGCUAUUUGUUGUGUUGAAUCUUUGAUGAAGUUAAAGUUUUAAAAAAAGAAUAACCUUUUGAUAUGUGUGGGUAAUGUUUCUUUGUGUUCAUCGAACAUAGCACUCUCCCCAUCAGUAGCAGUUUUCAUUUCUAAUUUUCUCUUCCUCUGCUAUUCUUUGGAGGCGUGUGAUCCAACAAUGAAUUUUUUUAUUCAAUAGCAUAGCCGGAGAACUGUGGUGAUGCGUCUCAUGGUGCAUUAAAAAGAAGAAAAAAACUGAAAUAAUGUAUUUCCCAGUUUCAAGUUGAAGUUAGUCUCUCUAGACAUAAUUUCUGGACAUUAGAUCCCUAAGUUAUACUUUCAUUGCCGACCAUGUAAAAGUAGUUAACCAUGCAGGAUUCUCCUUGUCAAUAGCCCCACCUUUAGUUUCCCCACUUUACUAAUGGGUUAAAGUGAUUCAGUUUAAUGUUUGUCCUCUGAUUUCCAGUAGCAUAUUUCCAUUGCUAGAAACUAUUCGGCAACUGAUUCCAAUAUAUCCGCUAGCUGAUAAAUCUGUUCAUCGUGGGGUUUUUUUGUUGCCAUGAACACCACUCUCCUGCCGUACUAUGAUAAACAACCAUACUUGUUGUGUAAAAAAUAUCUCUCUACCCCCGUAAACAUCACUUGUAUAACCAGUCGUAUGUCCCAUACUGUAGUUUUCUUUUAGAAUCAAGUAACAUCUUGGGAACAAGGACGACCCUAUCUUACUCCCUUUGUUUGUGGAAAUGAACUUUUCCAUUCCCAUUGAUGCCAUAUUUUUUUAGGUGAAGUACGUGUAAAGCUUUUGUACCAAACCAUUGUGAUCUGGUUUGUCACCCUCUCAUAACUCAAGAAGUGGAAGAACCAAACUGAGGAACUGAAGGAAGGGAGAGAUGACUGAGAUUGAAGAUGUGGAUAAAGGAGUUUCUUGGGAUACUUUGACUUUGACUUAUGUAGAAUGUGGGAUUCUUGGCCUGAGUUUAGAAAAUGCCUAGGUUCACAACCUACCAGCAGAGCUGUUCACGUAAUCAGCAGAACCCUUUACUUAUUGUAAGGUUUCAUAAUUGUGAUACUCAUGUUCUGGGAACUAGCUACAGAGUUGACCUUCUUGAUUUCUUGACGAAUAAGAUCCCUUUGAACCUCAAGUUUUAAUGUCCCUGGCCCCUUGUAUGCCUGAGUUCUGAACUUAUAAAGCGGUUAAACUUUCUACGGAAUAAACUUGAAGUGGACCAAUUCCGCUUAUCUGGUAAUCUCAUUCGUGUGCCCACAACUGAUGAACCCCAUGAAUGAAUUCUUUUUCUUACUCUUAAAUCGGUCCAGUCUAUCUAACUUGCCAACUCAUAGGCACUUAAUCAAGUUCAUGUCAUAAACUAUUGGUAUUAAUUUCAUCCAUUAUUUUUUGUACUUGGUUUUUUCAAUGGACCUUAAGUUUCCUUCGCCAUAUUCUCACUAAGAAAGCAUAUAAAAUAAUGGUAUUAAUUGUAAUAGCUAUUUUCCUGGAUAAAGUUGAAGGCGAAGGAGAUGAAGGAAGAAAUUGCAUGAUUACUGCUUUGUCUGUCUGCUGUCGUAUUAUCUCUUUUCUCUUGGAGGCAUUUCGUCCAUGGUUGAUAAAGUUUUCCUGCGUUUCCGGUUGAAUGAUCUUUCAUCCUGUAAAAAAGUGUGUAACAUAUCAAUCUUGAUAUCUCCUUUCUCAUGAAGUCUGAUCAAUGAUUUCUUUGUGCAAAAAUUUCGGUCAUAUUUUGUGUAAAUAUCUUAAUACUAGCUCAUUUAUUCGUACAAAAUUACUAUGAAUAAUUUUGGAGGAAUUUCUUGGACGGGCUGUGCCAAAAUAUGGACUCUUCUUGAUCAUUAAUUAUUUUCACUUUGCAAACUGUCUCCCCUUUUUCACUGGAUGCCCCUUUUCUUAGAUUGAAUAUAGAGGAGGAUGCCAUUCUUCUUCAGAAACACUUGUUGUCCAGCAUGCUAUUUUAAUCGUUCUGAUUUUGUUUCUUGAUCAUUGCCAACAAAUAGCUAUGCUUGAUGGUAGAGUUUUUUUUGUAGAAAACUAAGUGAAGAGACGAACCAUGUCAAUGAUGAACUAUCAUUAUUACAGCAGCAUCUUCUCAUCUAAUUUAUUGAGUGCAACGGGUUAUCUGGUGUCGUUGCCUGUGGUAUUGAAUGCCUUGUAGUUAUUUUCUGUAUUUUCUUUUUCUCUCUUGCGGAUUUCUUUUACUUGUGCAGAAAUAUUAAACUUUAUUUAUUCUUCUUCUGUGGAAUGCAAAUCUAGAUGGUAAUAAAUCCAAUCAAUUUGACAUCUCUUCAGGGUGCGGUUGAGUCUGUUUCUGUUGGCGAAGUCAAGCUUAGCCUGCGUAAAUCUCUGGUCAAGCUAGGGUUUAGUUUCAUAUCAAGAGACCCAAAGUUGCGUUUUUUGAUAAGUGACUUAGAGAUUGUAAUGAGAACCCCAGAAAAAAAGGUAAAAGGAAAAAAUGUUGGUCGCCAGAAGUCACGUUUAGCAAGCAGAGGAAAAUGGAUGCUUUUGGUUAAUGUGGCAAGGUUCUUGUCAGUUUCUAUCACUGAUUUAGUUCUGAGGGUAAGCACUUUCUCUUUAAUUCUUUAGUUACAACUGGUUUGAACGAACCGAAUCUCCUUAUUUAAGUAAAAUGACUUAGAUAUCUUCUCGUAGACCAUUAUUUUUUUAUGCCUGCUAGAACUAUUAAAGCCUUUUUGAUCUGCCUAUGAACUGGUAUGCAACUGUAAUCUACAUUUGGAAGUUUCUAUUUUUUUGCUGUCAAAGAGGUAGCAUCUACUCGUUUUGCUUGAUAAUUGAUCUUCUAACAAUAUGGAUGUACACGGCCACUUAAUUAUUGCUUUGUGAAGGUUUUAAUUUUGAAAAAUUGCAGGCUCCAAAAGCAACCAUUGAUGUGAAAGAGUUAACAGUGGACAUAUCCAAAAUUGGGGGUUCCAACACAGUUUUGUUUAUCAAACUUCAUCUUUUACCCUUCCUUGUCUACAUUUGUGAUGAACGUCUCAGUUAUGACCGUACAUCUGAUAACAACCAACUUGGGUGCUUGCCAACUGGUCACCACUUUGCUGGGAAAAACUCUGCAUCUUUUGUAUGUGAAGAUCUGUCAGUUCUCUGUGAGUUGGGGCAUGAGAGGUAAUUUUUUCCGCCUUCUUGCCUUAAUAUAUUUUCUAAAUUUAUUGGGAUCAAGACAAAGGGAGAAUGAAUGUAUUUUGUAGUUGUGAUUAAAUGAAGGCCAAGUUAUAGGAGAAAGCCAUAUAUUUUGAGUGCAGCUUUUAUUGUAUUUCACUGGGAUUGUCCGGAGGAAUUUUCCAUGUUUAGUCUCUAAUGUGGAUAUUCCAUAUCGUCUUCCAUUUAUUAGUUUUUUUAUGAUGUAUCAUCUCUGUCCAGACUUUAUAAAUAGUAAUAUGGGUGUGGAAUUUUGAAUGCACUAACGAAUGAACUCUGAAUGAACAUUUUUUAAUGCAUUUUUCCCGUCAAGUGUACUUAUUGAAAUAAACUUUUAUUUGGUUAUUUUCGUAUAUAGUUUAUUUUUCUUGAAGCAUACAGCUGACUAUUUCAUUAAUUUAAUCGACAGAUAUGUGAUAUUGAUAUGACCUAAAAAUUUCCUUCCAAAAACACCUUUAGCAGGGGAGGGGUUUCUGUCUUCUCAUGAUUAUUUAUACUUGUUUAAGAGUAACUCUAGAACUCCUAGCUAAUUGGUUUUUUAUUGCUUUCUCUUAUGGACAUUUAAUUUAUUUUUAAUGAGUGAACCUAUGGUGUCAAAACUUUCCAUUUGUCAAGUGACAAUUAUUUGUUGCUAGUUUACUCUGCUGUUUAUUUUUUGAAUUUUAUCGGUAACUUCAAAUUGUCUAGGAAUUAUGCUGAAAGUUUGAUUUAUUGGUGUCAUUGAGUUUAAUUUUUUCUACAGGGAGGUGGGAUUGAAGGUAAGAAAUAUGGAUGUGACAAGUGGGGAGAUCAUUAUGAACCUUGAUGAGAGCUUGUUUGUUAAGUCUAAGGCUAUGCCAGGUAACUUUGACCGUAUUGAUUUGAGUGGUGGAUCCAACUCAGAAUCCUUAUUGAUUCAAAGGUCUCAGAAGGAUGAAAAAUCUUAUCUGUCACUGAAGAAGCAUGCCCUUGUGUUCCCAGACAAGGUUUGUGAGACAUAACAUGUGGAGUCCUUUCUUAAUCACUGUAUCAAUAACUGCUAUUGAUUCAAUCAUUUCUCUGCAGAAAUAUGCCUAUAGUAAUGCUUCGAGAUAUCCCAUUGAGUCACGCUUUUACUUACACUUCUCUUUCUGAUUAGAUCUAUUUGUAACGAAAGAUAAAGCUAAGGAAUAUUUUUCUAUGUAACUCACCCAAAACUACAACAGAAGGAACAAAUUCCCCUUCCCAUGUCAUAAUUUUUUGUGUGUAGAGUUAUUGUUUUUGUUUCAGAAAAAAAAUGCUUUCAUUGAAUUAAAUCGUAGCAAACGUCAAUGCUUGUACUCAACUGAUAUAUUGUCAAGGGAUAAGUUCAUAUUCUCUCUCUAUUCUCUUCCCCUUCCCUGUCUGGUGAGUGGGAAUAUCUCUUUCCCUAGAAAACCUUCUUUUGAAGACACUUGACUAGAGUCAGAUUGUCCGAGGCUGAUGAAUCGGACUUGAUCAUUGAAGUUUGAAACAUUGUACCUAAUCAGGAUGGCAUUAUGAAAAUUGAUGGUAUUUCCAAAAAAUCAAUGUUUAUUUUUAGAGUUAUCCGAGUUUGCUCACCUGCUUCAUGCAUUUUUGUUUCUUUUAAGAAGCUUUGGUGUGGUAAGAGGAUUGUGCUGUGAUAUGUCCUUGACGCAGCUGUGAACUAUACCAAGUUAGUGCUGGCCAUACGUGCGAUCCAAACAACCUAGAAUAACAGAUUCGUGGCCUGCUCAUUUCAAGAAAAGUCAUAUACAAGAAUAAGCGUCCUAUCCUUUAAAAAUACACGAGCCACUGACCGUUGUCCUGAAGCUUACAACAUAAGGAUGGCGUCUAAAUCUGAUUCUUCAGUGUUUCCGUUAUCAAAUUUGGUCUUCGUUUUCUUCAAUCUAACGCUUUUUCACUUUCAGCACCGUUUUUGAUCUACUUGUUUUGGUUUCAAAGGAUGUUGUUUCCUUCUCUUGAGACAUUUUCUGCGUCUAUGUUUCUGUCAUAUUACCUUCCAUGAAGUGGGGCUUUUUAAUCCUUUCACAAAGUUCAUUAGUUAUUUGUGGUUGACACAGUUCCCUAAAGCUAUACGAAUAUUGAGUAACAAUUUUUUUUUCCCAUUUCUCUCUGGAAGGUUAGCUUCAAUUUGCCAAAGCUGGACGUCAGAUUUGUGCAUCAGGGACAUCGCACUUCUGUUGACAAUAAUGUCAUGGGUAUUCGCCUGCAGUGCACCAAACUACAUUCAUUUGAGGAUUCAGAUGAAGCUACAUCACAUUUUGAUGUUCUAUUGGAUUUCAGCGAAAUCUAUGUUCGUUUUGCUUGCCUAGUUUUUUUUUUGUCAUAUGCUUAUUAAAUUGUAAUUGUGUUUUAGUGAUUUUUAUAGUGCUUUCUUUUGUAGCUUCUUCGAGAGGGUCCAACUUCUGUUUUGGAGAUUAUGAAAGUUGCUGUGGUGGCAUCAUUUGAUGUUCCAACACAGGUAAGCCUUUUAUAUCUUCUUCCCUUGUCUAAUCAAUCGUUGAAGCAUGUCCACUGUUUCCGUUGGAUGGUUUCCUUAGUGGGAUUGUACUGUCAAAUUGACAAAGCUAAAAGCUCCGGAAUGAAAUCUGAUCUUAGUAAGGAUACUACAGUAUCUUGGAGAAGCAGAAAAUAUUUUUUUAAAGUAGUCUUGUAAAUCCCGUAAUAGAAAACCCAAAAUUCAUUAUUUUUUUAGGAAAAGUAGCAUUUAUUUCUUCCAAUUGUUGGCAUUUCUUUUUCGUGAACCUCUUUGUUUCUAUUUUUCUCUCUUAAAAUGUUCAUGUGUUUGUGCCAGCCAGCUUCUUGUGACAAUUUUUUUUCUCUAUUUACAUAUAUUCAUGCAUUUUCUAUAUUUAUUUUACUAGGUAUUGUCAAUGAAAUCUACUUAAUGAGUGUCCCUAUUUUUUUUUCCUGAGGAUUUUAUAUUGAAUGCCAUGGUAUUAUACAUUUUUUUAUCAGGCUCGUUACCUCUUACUUUUCACUUUUUUCGCCAACUCUUGCUGCUAAUGUCAUAGAUGUUUUGCCUGAGGCAUGAACAUGGAUGACUCCAUGUGCCAUGAAUGCUGUCCUUAUCCAUAUUUAUAAUGUGCAUCACAGUUGUCAUUUUUGGUGAUUUGUUUACUGUGCUCUCUGAAAUUUCUAAUUGCUUUACAACACAACUUGUUUCCAGCCAGCUGUUCCCAUUAGAGCUGAAAUUGAUGUCAAACUUGGUGGCACUCAAUGUAACCUCAUCAUGAACAGACUAAAGCCAUGGCUUGAACUUCAUAUGUCAAAGAAGAAGCAUGUAAUUCUUCCGGAAGAAAGUAUGCAUGCUGAAGGGUCGCGGAAAAAUGAGCUGAAAUCUAUCAUGUGGACUUGUACCGUUUCAGCACCAGAAAUGACCAUUAUGCUGUAUGGUCUUGACGGUUCACCUCUAUACCAUGUAAGUUUUUUGUUUCCUGUAGAAAUAUUAUCGUGAGUGGGUAUCUUGCGCUGUUGUUUUCUUGACAUGUGUAUCCAGAUGUUUAUUUGGAAAUUUGUGCUCAAAAGCGGGGCCCCUUUUUGUUUAUCUUUUGAGGAUCCCAAAUCCUCUUUGUGAUGGUAUCUGAAACUGAAACUCUAUAGCGAAGAAGGACAAGAUUUACUGGAACUCACUGCUGGCUUGCAACCAAAUGCCAUUGGUCAGAGUUCACUGGGGCUUCAGUUCACCCCUUUUGGAACAGUCCCUCCCCUUAAAGUGAGACAGUAUGGUUGAGGCUGUGCAGUGGAAAGAGGGGAAUUAGCAGGUUUUUUAUUUUAGGAAACGUUUUUCUUUCAGAACUCGUCAUAUGUCUUUUAAGUUUUGAACAUGGCUUCUGUCUUUUUACUCAGCUUUCAUUCGUUUCCACAUACUCUCUGGUUCGUUUAAUCCAAUAUAGAUUGGGCUGGAUUGGCUGUAGCGAACCUAGGAACUUUUGGGUCCAUUCUGCCUUCCAGGUCUCAAGUAUGAGUGGUUCAAACUUGGGUUUCCCUUCUAUCCCUGUCUCCUUAAUCUCUCUCUCUCUCUCUCUCUCUCUCUCUCUCUCUCUCUCUCUAACUUGUAUUUCCACGCAUCUCCUUUGGAAUGUUUUGUUUGUUUAAAUUAUCAUAGUUUGCUGUGCUUCAUUAAAGGGUAAUUAAUCUGUGGUGAAUGUUUAUGCGUACUUUGUUUGGAUAGCUUUUCCGUAGACUUUCAUUUUAUAAUUGCUUCAUUUAGGUGUUGUAAGUUUCAAUUUUCAUUUUUUUUGGAAAUGUAUUUGAAUUUGACAUCUUUAAGUUAUUGAUUACUUUUGAGUCAGAACCUCUCCGGCGUUUCCAGGCACCUUUUGCUGUUUUUAUCUAGAUAUUUAUGUUGCUCUGGUUGACGUUUUAACUGUCUCAGUCAGAGCAUAUUAUCCAUAUUCUUUCUUUUAUUAUGCAUUCUGUCAUCUUCAUCAAAUCUCAUUAUUACUUAAGCUCCAUUUUAGAGGUAAGUUUGUUUUUAAUUUGUUUUUCUGUGGUCGUUUAGUUUAUUAUGACGAUUUUUCAUGUGCUUUGGUAAUAGUUUAUUUUGUAAUAAAAUCAUUUCUCAUCAAUGGUACAUGAUGAUUCAGGGAUGUUCACAAUCUUCACAUUUAUUUGCGAAUAAUAUAGCUUGUAAGGGGAUUCAAUUGCAUACAGAACUUGGCGAAAUACAUUUGCACAAGCCAGAUGAAUACCAAGAAUGUUUAAAGGAAAACCUUUUUGGUGUGGAGACAAACUCAGACUCCUUAAUGCAUAUUGCGCGAGUCAGUCUAGAUUGGGGCCACAAGGAGAUAGAAUCCAGCGAAGAGCCUAAUUCCAAACACUGGAAAUUGAUCUGUUGUGUUGAUAUCACUGGUAUGGGCGUAUUUUUUGAUCUAAAGAACGUUGAGUCUCUUAUAUCGACUGUGAUGUCAUUUAGAUCGCUAUUACGCCGCCUAUCUACUGGUAGAAAGAUGACAGACAGACGUUCAAGCAAAGCGGGAGGAAGGGGAGUACAAAUACUGAAGCUUAACCUUGAAAGGUGUUCAGUAAAUUUUUCUGGGGACAUUAUUAUUGAAGAUGCAAUUGUUCCAGAUCCCAAACGUGUGAACUUUGGAUCCCAUGGUGGUAAUGUUGUAUUCACUGCGUCUCCUGAUGGCAUACCACGUAGAGCAACAAUAACAUCAACAUUGUCCAAUGAUUGCAAGCAUCUAAAUUACUUGACUUCUCUUGAAAUUUUCCACCUGAGUGCAUCCAUAAACAAGGAGAAGAAGUCUUUGCAGAUGGAAAUUCGAAGAACUAAAGCCAUAUAUGAAGAAUUAUCUGAAGAAGAAAGGCCUGGUGCCAAAGUGGUUUUAUUCGAUAUGAAAAAUGCGAAGCUAGUGCGCCGUACAGGCGGUUUUAAUGAGAUAUCUGUUUGCUCUCUCUUCAGUGCAUCUGAUAUUACGAUGAGAUGGGAGCCUGACGCUCAUUUGGCAUUAUAUGAACUAUUUUUGCGUUUGAAGAUUGUUCUCAACAACAAGAAGCUUCAAGCAUUUCAUAAUGAAGGAUUAUUUAACAAGAAACACUCAGAAAAAGUUCAAGAAGUUAUUAAUGAUCAAGUUCAAUCUAGUAAGCUGCACAAAACAAGGGAGUCAGUAUUUGCUAUUGAUGUAGAGAUGUUAAGAUUAUCUGCUGAACUCGCCGAUGGAGUUGAGGCAAUGGUUCACGUGCAGUCUAUUUUUUCUGAAAAUGCCAGAAUAGGCAUGUUACUUGAAGGGUUAGUCUGUAGCCUUAAUGAAGCUAGGGUUCUCAAAAGUAGCCGUAUGCAAAUUUCGCGCAUUCCUGUUUCAACUGCAAAUGCUCCUCAGGUUGUCUGCACAUGGGAUUGGGUCGUACAAGGACUUGAUGUUCACAUCUGCAUGCCCUAUAGAAUCCAAUUGCGUGCCAUAGAAGAUGCUAUUGAGGAUAUGUUACGAGCAUUGAAACUUAUCACUACUGCAAGAAGUAGUCUCCUAACUCCUUCAAGAAAGGAUGUUCUAAAGAAAGUGAAGGGAAAAUCAAAUUUUGGAUGUGUGAAAUUCAAUAUAAGAAAGUUAACCGCAGAUAUUGAGGAAGAACCAAUUCAAGGUUGGCUUGAUGAGCAUUAUCAUUUAAUGAGGAAUGUGGUUUGUGAGUCAGCUGUUCGAAUGAAAUUUCUUGAUGAUAUUUUGUCUGAUGGCAACAUCUUGGGAUCAGAAAAAAAAAUCGAAUACAAUGGUAUUAUAAUUGAUGCAAAUGACUUGUUUGAAAUUGAAAAAUUGAAAGAUGAAAUCCAUAACCAGGCCUUUCGAUCUUAUUACCUUGCAUGCCAGAAAAUGUCCCCCUCGGAAGGAUCAGGAGCCUGCAGAAGAGGGUUUCAGGCUGGUUUUCAACCAAGUACUGCCAGAAGUUCACUCCUAUGCCUUACUGCCACAGAGUUGGAUCUGACCUUGACAGAAAUUGAAGGAGGUGAUACUGGAAUGCUACAGUUCAUAAAUAGAGUUGAUCCUCUGUCUUCAGAUUGUGAUAUACCAUUUUCUCGGUUCUAUGGAAGAAAGAUGAUUUUACAGACCACAUCUCUCAUUAUACGGCUACGGAACUAUACUUUUCCACUUUUUUCUGGAUAUUCUGGCAGAUGUGAAGGCCUUAUCGUGCUUGCUCAGCAGGUGAGGCUCAGUACUGUUGACGCUAUUUAGCUUGUCGUGAUGUUUUAGUUGUAUAUUUUUCACAACACUAUUUUUGGGAGACAAUGAUUUCCACGGGGGAACGCAUUAUUUAUGUGUCUUUAUCGCUCGUUCUUUGUUUACUAUGUUCAAAUAUCCGGAAAUUCUUUUAGUUUUUCAGUCUCUUUUUAGAUGAUGAUACUCGGAAGAGCUUGGAUUAGAGUUAAUUACCCGGGACAGCAGCUGUUUUAGUUUCAUUGCAUGCCAGACUGUCGUCAUGUCAACUAGCUGGGAUAAGGUAGUGAUAGCCUGGUCGAAAAGGGUGGAAGAGGUUUUCUGAAGCUUAACAUUACCUGCGUAUUUGCUUACUUUCCCAAUGUAGUAGUAAAAUUUCUUGUUAUCUGGCCACAAUAUGCAACCUUCAUGUUGCAUCAUGCUGUCGACAAGUAGAGUUCACAAAGAUUCCUCUCACCCUUUUUGCAGCUUAUUGUUGGUAGGGUUUUGGGUCAUGCAACAGGGAUCGGCCUGUAUUUAUUAAUUCAUAUGUGAUAACGUGCAAGAAUGGAAAGAUAAGGGUAGAAGAUCUAUCAUGAUUUCAUGCUACAACCCGUUGUUUUGUGGCAUGCAUAUGGCCUCUUUUGUGACAGUUCCAACUGUACUCGUAAUAUAUCCGAAGUUUGAAGUAAAUGCUAACUCUUUACUUAAAAAUGUAAGCAAAUUUUUGUAACAAUAUGAAAAAAAAUUGUUCUAAAAUCAUCUUUAAGAUAGUCACAUUUCCUUGAACACUUGAGCAUACAAUGUCUUUCACACAAUUUAACAGUUUGCAAACAUCUAUCAUUCUUGAAUAUGAAUAUCUAAUUACCCGAUGUCAUAGAUCAUCUAAUUAGGGAACUCUUAGUAUAAAGCUUAUCGUUGAAGAAAACUAGUACAGAUUAUCUCCAUCAAGUAAAUCCCUUAAGUUAAAGCUACCAGAUGUGAUGUCUUGGUGACAUGCAACUCUCAUUACAUCCUUUCGUCUCAGAAUUCGUGUGGCAUGUUGCAAGCUAUUACAUGUUAUUCACUUUAUUUCUUAGAGAUCUCUUUUCAAGUUGGGAUUCUCUUCAAAUUCAAUCAGUCAAUGUGGAACUGACUUCAUGGGAGUGUGAUUGACACAUCUCUUUCAUGGAGAUCUUUAUUUUGAAGGGUGCAUCUUUUGUCCCUCUAGCUUUCUGCUUCGUUCGAUUUUCUCUCUUGUUUCACCUUCACUUGCUUUCCUUUUUUACUGUCUUCUUUUUUUCAAUUACUUUAUUUCUUCUCUCUCAUUCACUUUAUCCACGUGUUUUCUUCAUCAAAGGAUUCUCACUUAGGAACUCAACGCCUACGGCAUGAUCUGAUGAUGUUGUAGGCUGGGGAAUGCCUGGGGGAUUAGGUUGAGAUGUGGGGAGGGUUUAAGAAAUUAUUUUGCUGGAGGAAGAGAAAAUGUCUCCAAUUAGGAUGGAGAUGAUAAUAUGAUGAUUUAAGAAGCUUUUCAAGGCAAAUACCGAUGAUUUUAGAAGCUUCGCAAGGCAAAUACCAUGGACAAGGAAGAUGGAGGAGUGGCAAAUAAAACAAUUCUUGGAGUCAUCGUAGCCAUUUACUAUUUAUGUGAUAAUCUGGAGUGAAGAAGUUCAUUGCUAUAGUUGUAUAAGAAUCUAUAUUUUUUUGAGCUCUGUUUCAAGUUAUCAAGCUCAAAGUUUGAUAUCAUUAAUGCUAUAAACAUUUUAUAUUGGAUGACUAGGAGCUGUGGAGAUUUUUAGGUCCAUAUUGUGUUAGUCUUUCCUCAUUUAAGUGUAAUUUUGGUCACUUUUGUGAUUCAACUGAAGCAAUAUCAAUGUACUUAAAUUGCGUUCUACCUCACAGGCGACCUGCUUCCAGCCUCAGAUUCAUCAGGAUGUUUUCAUUGGUAGGUGGAGGAGAGUAUGCAUGUUGCGUUCUGCUAGUGGCACAACCCCACCUAUGAAAAUGUACUCUGAUCUUCCAAUCUUUUUCCAGAAAGGGGAAGUCUCCUUCGGAGUCGGAUAUGAGCCUGCUUUUGCUGAUAUAAGCUAUGCCUUUACAGUUGCACUACGCAGGGCGAGCCUCAGCGUCAGAAGUAAAAGUUUGGACAUGAAAAACGUAAAUAGUCAACCUGUUAAGAAAGAGCGCAGCCUACCAUGGUGGGAUGAUGUGAGGUACUACAUACAUGGGAAAAUAAGCUUGAGUUUCAAUGAGACUAAAUGGAACUUCCUUGCUACGACUAACCCUUACGAAAAACUUGAUAAAUUUCAAAUUGUGUCUGGUUUUAUGGAUAUCCAGAAGACAGAUGGUCAUGUUAUAUUUUCUGCAAAGGACUUUAAGAUUUUUCUUACUAGCUUAGAGAGUUUGACUAAUAAUUGUGAUUUAAAACUUCCAGCUGGUGGCUCUUGUCCUUUCAUUGAUUCUCCUAGUUUUUCUCUUGAGGUGGACAUGGACUGGGAUUGCGAAUCUGGGAAUCCACUUAAUCAUUAUCUACAUGCCCUUCCCGCAGAAGGGGAGCCUAGGAAAAAAGUUUAUGAUACCUUUCGAUCAAUAUCUCUGUCUCUUCGUUGGAGCUUUUCUCUGAGGCCUUCUUUUCGUCCUGGUGAGAGUCAGAAUAUGCUUUUGGUUAUGCCUGAUGGUUCUGUAAAUGAGCCUUUCAAUGGAUCCCCACAAAACUCUGACAGUAAUGCUUUUAAGUGUCCCACCAUGAAUCUUGGUGCGCACGACUUAGUCUGGAUUUUUAAAUGGUGGAACUUGAAUUAUAAUCCUCCUCAUAAGCUGCGUUCCUUUUCUCGGUGGCCACGUUUUGGUAUUCCAAGAGUGGCUAGAUCUGGAAAUUUAUCAUUGGAUAAGGUCAUGACAGAAUUCUUUCUCCGUCUCGAUUCAACACCUACUUGCAUUAAGCAUAUGCCUUUAGGUGAAGAUGACCCUGCCAGUGAACUGACUUUUCAAAUGACAAAGUUGAAAUAUGAACUCUGUUACAGCCGUGGUAAACAGCACUACACUUUUGAUUGCAAGCGUGAUCCCUUGGAUCUUAUUUAUCAGGGCCUUGAUCUUCACCUGCUUAAGGCUUAUUUGAACAGGGAUUGUGACACUGAUCUUCAAGACUGUCAGUCAACAAAGAAGACGCAAGGUAGCGUGAGUAAGAGGAAAUGCAGAUAUUCAGGUGCUGAUGUGGAGAAACAUCGAGAUGAGGGGUUCCUACUGUAUUCUGAUUAUUUCACCAUUCGGAAACAGGCUCCGAAAGCUGACCCAGCAAGGUUACUCGCAUGGCAAAAAGCAGGCAAGAAAAAUCCAGAGAUGUCCUACGUUAGGUCUGAGUUUGAAAAUGGGAGUGAAUCUGACUGCACACGAUCUGACCCAAGUGAUGAUGACGGCUUUAACGUUGUCAUAGCAGAUAAUUGUCAGCGCAUAUUUGUUUAUGGCCUGAAGCUUUUGUGGACAAUUGAAAACAGAGAUGCUGUUUGGUCCUGGGUUGGUGGGAUAUCCAAAGCAUUUGAGCCACCAAAACCGUCUCCUUCUCGUCAGUAUGCACAAAGGAAGUUAACUAAUCAAAAAAGGAUUGGUGAGAGGUCUCAAGAUGAUAUUCAACCAUCUGCCCAAAGCGCAUCACGCAGCAUCAGUGCACAAUCUCCACAGCAUGAUGCCUUUGGAACCCACUCAUCCCCAUCAACAUCUUCUAAAGUGGAAUGUUCAUCUUCGGGUGUAGCUGGUAAGUUGGGAUGAUCUACAUGGGGAAUCCAAUCUUUGAAUUAUAACUUAAAGAAUGGUUCUGUGGUAGUACAUUUUACAAAAUCGAAUUGAAAAACUAAAUUUCUUACUUCGUAGUGAAAUGUGAACCAUAUUAAUGAUAGCCACUUGAAAACAAGAAUGGUCUGAUUUGGACACAGCUGAUUUUUUUAGUUCAUAUCGUGAAAAGUCGUGUUGGUGGUGCCUUAAUGGAUGACAUUGGAUAGCUGUUGAAGAGAGUACAAGUUGUACUCUUUGCCUUUUGUUUUUUGAAAUGAUUCAGUAAAUAAAUAAUAACAAUGGCUGUCAUCCUUUCUGGUUGUAUUUGUUCCAAGAUUUCUUGGAAUUUAAGAAAGCAUGCUGGCGUUCUUUUUAGAUUCGCUAAUCAAAGAUUCCUUGAUUUCAUCAGGCAACACUUUCUUACAUUUCAUCUGAUUCACUUUUAAUCAUCCAGUGGUUAAUCGUAAAAAAGUUUCUUUAUGGAUAAUCAUAAGUUUUCCUAGUUGUGUUUUAUAAAGUUUGUAUAUCUUUUCCAGAAGGGAAGCAUCAGGAAAUUGGUGAUUUUGAUUUUGAGGGGAUACGGCACUUCAUGGUGAAUGUAAUCCAACCUCAGUUUAAUCUACAAUCUGAAGAAGCUAAUGUAAGAUCUAUGGUUCUCUACUGAUUUCUAUUUCUUAAUUGUUCACAUGCUAUCCUUUUGAUAUUGUUUGCAUGCAAGAAAUUGGACUGUCUUUCUGUUCUUUUUAAAACACCAUACAUCUAAUUAUCUCAAUGAAUUAUCCACAUAAAAUUGAUGAUUAAGGCCAUCACUUCAAUAUACAACACUACAUAGGUAUAGUCGCUGGCUAUUUUUUUCGAAGAUAUCAGAGGGUAGGUGUUAUACAGCUACUUUUUUAGUCUGCUCUUGUACAUUUUCAUUUUCUCCCUAAAAUGCCAACAAAAUUGAUGUUUUAUGAUGAAGAGCUCCAUUACUUAGAUGGAUAAGUCCUUCAAUGACUUGUUGCAUUACAGGAUGACAUGAGCAUGCACCUCAUGUCUGUUCAUUGCGAACUGAUUGUCGAUUAACACUGAUUUUCCCGUCUAUCAUUUUCUCUGCAAUCUGAUAUCAUUUCAAAUUAUUCUGCAAUGUUUUCGUACUCUUGUGGUGCGUUUCAGAAUUUGUAUUGAAAUUUUUUCAUUGUAAUUACCAGGGUAGGUUUUUGCUUGCUGCAGCUAGUGGCCGUCUCUUGGCUCGAUCCCUUGAUUCAGUGCUUCAAGUUGCAAGUGAGAUGAUUGAACAACUGAGUAAUGGAAGCAUGCACAUUAAGGAACAUAAGCCACGAGUGUUAUGGAAACGUGCUGAGUAUUCUGCAAUGUUGGAACAUGUUCAAGCACAUGUUGCACCCACUGAUGUUGAUCCAGGAGCCGGGCUUCAAUGGCUGCCAAAAAUUCUUAGAAGUUCUCCAAAAGUAAAACGGACUGGUGCUUUACUUGAAAGAGUCUUUAUGCCAUGCACAAUGUAUUUCCGUUACACCAGGCACAAAGGUGGAACUACAGAUUUGAAGGUAGAAUUCAACAAUCUAUAAUUUGUCAUCUCUACAUCCUGGAUGUUAUGUAUAUCACUUUGUUAAGUAUGGGAUGGAGAUUAUCUGAUUUUGUCAUCAACUUUUUUGCAUCUUUGUUAAUAAUAUUCGGAAAAACGCUUACUUGUUUAUUGAAUAUCCACAGGUGAAGCCACUGAAAGAGCUCUCUUUCAAUUCGGCGAAUAUUACUGCAACAAUGACAUCCCGCCAGUUUCAAGUUAUGCUUGAUAUACUGAGCAAUCUUCUCUUUGCUAGACUGCCCAAGUAAGAAUCUGCAUACAUGUUUUAGAUUUUUUGACAUUUUUUGGUUUUAAGGUGAGAGCUAGAUCCCCGCUUCCCAGGAGGGGUGUUCAUGGAGAUCUGGAAUUACGCUUUUCGUAUUAUCUGAUGUCUGGCUGGAAGAGAGGAUCAUCAAAACAUGGUGCUUUUGAUUAUUCAUAGAUAAGAAUGAUAGGUGCCAAUUACUUUAUUAUUUUGCUGAGAAUAAUGCGACGUUGUUUUUGUCUUGUUGACUGGUAUGGUCAGGACUGUUGGAGAUGACUUUUGUAGAAUGCCUGGAAUAGAUGCAGUAUAACUUACUGCACAAAGUUGACUUAUCAUUCCUCUAUUAAACUCAAAGCAAUCCGUCUUCAUCAAAUUUUUUUUAGUGUCUUGUUUGUCUGGGGAUGGUAGAAAAGGUUUGAGUCUGGAUGUGCAAAGUAUGUCGCCAAGGAUGUCACCUCAGCAGUAUGUUUCAUUCGCUGGGUUGGGGAAAUCUCUCAAAGGAAGUGCUUAGUGCAUGCAGAGUUUGUGCUGCAAAAUAUGCCAAACCAGGAUGUUUGCUGAAUUUAUUCUUCUCAUUAUGCAUUUAUAUGCGGCAUGCAACAAUUAUUGCAGGUUAAGUUUUGUCAAAGAAACAUCUAAUUAACAUUCUUUAGUGUUUUAGCAGUAUCACUCAUGAAGAAAUUAUAUUUAGUACAAAAUAAAGGGCUUGCAGUAAUCCCAAAGUUUGCAAUUUCUCUCCAAACAAAUGAAUGGAAUUACUGCCUUGCUGAUGAUAACAUGUCAAAUUGCGGAAAGGUAACUAUUUACAGUAGUAGAUGUCUCGCAAAUAAUAUGAUGUGCUUGCUUCACAACUGUCGCUAGUUUAUUGGGGAUUGCGUGAAUGAUGUAGGUUUUUAAUCCAAAAAUCAAAUGUUGCAGUUCGGUCAGUGAUCUUUGGUAAAAGGUUGUGACAUCUCUAUGUAGCUUUUCUUCUACCGGUUCCUACCGCAUUCACUUCCCAAGUCAUCUUUUUAUGUCUCAGGUUAUCUAGCUGUUUGCUCUCCAGAACAAAAAUGAGUGGAAUUUACUUGGGGCCUGUCUAAGAGUUUCUGUCAGUGGGCUAUUGGGUAGUUUUACAAGAAGAAGGCUAACGUUAACAUUCGAAAUAGCCCAUAACGCAAAUGAGUUGCUUUAUUACAGCUAUUACUUUACGCGUUGCAGAUGACAGUAAUCAAAUUUUCUGACGAUUGCUAUAUCUAUAUUGUCAAUAGCAGAUUUCAAAAUCAGUAGUUAAGCAUUCGAAGAAUUUAAGCAAUUUUUUGAGGAGUUUUCAUUUUAAACAUGAAAAAUCAAAAAUAUUCAAUCAGAAUUUAAAGGAGGUUUUAUUGCUUUCAGGCCUCGGAAAAGCAGUCUUUCAUACCCUGCAGAAGAUGAUGAUGUUGAAGAAGAGGCUGAUGAGGUGGUCCCUGAUGGUGUUGAAGAGGUAGAACUGGCAAAAGUCAGCCUUGAACAGAAGGAAAGAGAGCGGAAAUUGCUUCUCGAUGACAUAAGGACACUUCUGGCUUCCGAUGAGACAUCUAGCGAUACAGGUUCCUCACUGAAAAAGGAUAGCAUAUUGUGGAUGGUAUGUGGCGGGAAACCAUUGCUGGUGAGAACAUGUCUCCACACAAGCCUCUAGAAAUUUCAGUUAAAUUUCAUUUCCCAUUAAUUUUUUUCUACAUCUAAUGUUACCCUCAUUUUGUUAUAUUCCAUUCAUUGAGACCACGGUUGUGCAUAUGCAUGACAUUAUUCCAGUUUCCAGCAGUUUUUUUCAGGGUGUAGUUCACCUUAAGCUUAAUUGUAGAUUACCGCAACUGGUUCAGAAAAGGACGAGAUGCUUAUUUUUUUGGGUGAUUGGAGAAAUUUUCCUGACUAGAUUACUGUAAAGGUGCAACUUGGACCCUGGUCAGGUAAUUGGGACAAGGAAAGUUUCCAUCUCUAUAGUCGGAAUCCUAAAACAUCUACACUGCUUACUUGAAAUUGCAUUAGCAAAUCCAGAGCUGCCAUGAUAUGCGAAAAUUCAUGCGAUAAAUGUUAGUUAUAUUUGGAGAUGAUUGAUUGCUAGAAAAACUUUUCAACAUAUUCUUUCUUUUUUUGGAAGGUUGGCAAUAUUGUACUGGUUAGAUAAGAAAUUAACGAGUAUGAAAAAUAUGAAGUGAAGUAAAAUAAAAUAAAAUAAAAUAAAAUGAGACGUUGGAAGGCCUAUCUCAGAUUUUAUGAUUAGUACUCCAGGUUGCAGGUCAAAGGAGGCUUCUUACGAAGUUUCGUUAUUACAUCUAUAACUGCCUCUGGUUUAGGCGGGCAACCUGGCAAAUAGACAUCCACAGGAGGCUUAAAUUUGCAGUUUGGACUUGAAUUAUUGAACCAGAUGAUUUCAUUGGAAGCUAUAUAAUCUUCAAGCUCAGCUGUUAGAAGCUUGUCAACCUUCAAAGAAUUGAGUUUUCUUAUUUUGCAUCCUUUUUCUUCUGCAUAACCUCUGUAAUAGAUGUGAGUCAUAGAUUUUUGCUCAUUUAAAUGCUCUUCAUCCAACCUGCUGAAAACACUGAGAAUGGUAUUUGAAAGUCGAAAACAUGAUUUCUUAGUUUUACUCGUCAAUAUUUCCACUUCUACUUCGAAAUUCUGACCGUCUUCAAGUCUUUUGAAACAUUCAUUAUGGUUCGUGUCUGUUUAUUUAGAAUCUGAGAAUUGUUGAUUUUUGUUUCAGUAAUCUCAAAGACGUGCGAUUUUGAGCAAAAUAUUCUUUAAACUGUUUAAUUACUCAAAUAACUUCUAUUGUAGGCUUGUCGUCUCACAUAAUUGUCAGAUAUAUUGCUCCUUAAAGUUCUGCACCGUGUUUUCAGGUUCAAAGUCUGAAGAAAGAACUCGUAAACAUACAGAAGUCUAGGAAGGCAGCAUCGAGUGCUUUAAGACUGGCUUUGCAGAAAGCUGCCCUUUUGCGUCUGAUGGAAAAAGAGAAGAACAAGAGCCCAUCCUGUGCUAUGCGGAUUUCUAUGAAAAUUGACAAGGUAGUGUGGAGCAUGCUGGCAGAUGGUAAAGCAUUUGCUGAAGCUGAAAUAAUUAACAUGGUGAGGUUCCAAGUUCAUUUGCUUUUUGAGUUCCUCUAUAGGCUUAGUGUUUGCGUUACAAGGCAUUCUUAUUUUCUUGUUCUGCGGUUAAUAUUAUUUUAUUGGCUGAAAUGGGAAAUUUGAAGACUCGUUUGUGCCACUGACAAUUGUUUUGGCAGAUGUACGAUUUUGAUCGUGAUUAUAAAGACAUAGGAGUGGCUCAGUUCAUAACCAAGUCCUUUUUUGUCAGAAACUGUCUACCUAAUGCUAAAUCUAACAUGUUGUUAUCAGCCUGGAAUGCUCCUCCUGAACUUGGAAGGUAAGAUGCCUGUUGCUAUUAUUCUACAUGAUUAAAUCUCAUAUUGCGAACUACGUUCAUUUGCUUUCUAUGCUUUCCUAUACCUUUCAAAGUUGAGGUUCUAUUUUGCGUACAUGAAGCAGCAUGUCCAUUGACCUCACUUUUUUAUGCUCUCAAAUUGUUCGAAUUAUUUUUUAAUGCAGAAAUGUAAUGCUACGUGUGGAUGCUCGGCAAGGUGUUCCAAAGGAUGGAAUCUCCUCGCUUGAACUUUUUCAGGUUUAUCUUCCAUUCAAUAUAGUUCCUUUAUUUUACCUUAUUUUUUUUAUCACUUCUAUUAAAAAAAGUAACAAUUGGUGAAAGCAGGGGAGAAAUGCAUUGUGAGAUAUACCUCCUUGUGUCUGAUAUUGCCUAUCGUUGAUUUAGUUUCUAUUGACCUAUUUAUAGCACUUCAAAUAUAGUUACCUUACAUAUUACUGCUCAAUGCUCAGUAUAAGAAGAUGACGCUCUAUGUUGUUCUUUCUGACGCGAGAAAUCCUUCAUGAACAUCAUAAAAUAACUUGUAGAAGAUCGAAUGAUAAGAUGAAGAAAGUUGAUAUUAAAGUCAUCAUGAAUUCAUAUUAAUGUCCUGUUUUUUCUCAUGGCUCGAUUUUUAUACUUUUUAUAUUCAUUAUUAUGCUUGUUAACACACCAUUGAUAACUAUAAUAUGAAAGAUGUAAGAGUAAGAAAGAGGAUGAUAAUGAUAAUCUGUUGAAAAACAAUCUUGAUUGAAAUUCUAUGACUAAGUUGAAAUUUGCCCCCCACAUCAGUGAGGUUUUGUAUAUCCGAGGGAAUCAACUGCCUUGAUGUCUAUGAACCAGAGAAAUAGUACGAAGUUGGGUGCCAGAAAUCGAUUUAGAUAAAUAAGAAGAUGCGUGGUUUAGUGGUAGAGAAAGUGUCCAACUAACCUAGGAGGAAAGUUGAGAAUUUUCUUUAGAAAGAGAGAAUGCAAUCAAGAUAUAACGUAAGAUUGUCUCCUUUUUGGUAGACGACGCCAUUCUAUGUGUAAGAAGGAAAACAAGGGUAGGUUAGUGAGAGAAGAAGUCAAAUGAAAGCAAGGAGAUUGGCUCAAUAUUUGGAAUGAAGAAGCCUGUCUACUCCUUUCUUCCAUGACAUAGACAGUGCAAGGUAAAGGACUUGUGGGCAAAUCACAAAAGGAAUUGCACAGCGGUUGUGAACCUCUUGGCCGGUUAUUUGAAGGAGUUUUUUAAAAGAAGAUGAUGUACGGAGGUCUAAAAUGGAGCUGACAAUUUUGGCUUACGUUAAAUGAAAAUAUGGGCCUGCUCUCCAUGUAUCGCUGUAGGAUGUGAUGGAUCCCGACAAAUCUCCUAGUUCUGAUAGGUCUCUAGGGGUUUCCAAAUUUUAUUCAGACAGUAUGAACGAAGAACUGUUUCAUGAAAUAAUAUGUUCUGAGAAAGAUCACAAGUAAUUGGGAGCCUUUGUUCUCCUGGUGCGCAUUGAAUCUCAGAUUAGACAUCUACUAGUCUUUGCGGCGAUCGAGUGUUAAGUGAUCAUCUUUCAGAUACGUGGCAUUGUGCAGUCUGAAUAGUUUUAGAUCUGAUAGAAUAUAAUUAUUUGUUUUCUUUGUUGUGAGAAUUCAUUUAACCAUUAUUCCUAUGAUACAGUUCAGAUGCCUCCUUUUUCUGAAUCGAUGGUUGUCAAACUCCUAACAGGUAGAGAUAUAUCCACUAAAGAUACAUUUGACCGAGACUAUGUACAGAAUGAUGUGGGGAUAUUUCUUUCCAGAAGAGGAGCAGGAUUCACACAGACGUCAGGUGAAAUACAUUUUCUGUUGGGUCAUGGGGGUAUUGUAUUUUCUUAAUGAUUUAGCCAUAGCUUCAUCACCUAUGAAAUCGCAGGAAGUUUGGAAAGUUUCAACAACAGCUAGUUCAAGGCGAACAAAGAAAACUACUCCUGGUCCUGAUGCAGCAACAUUAGGCAACCAUGGUACAAGAGAAGUUGAAGCUGCUUCAAAGUCCAGUGCGAAUGGUGCAUCAUCUGUUGUUUCUGGUGCCAGUCUACUCUCAGCACACGGGGAUAGUUCCCAAGUAAGUUUCAUGUUGGCUGCGUGUUAUUUGGGAGGGCUUAUGGAAAUAAUAUGAUAGCCUGCUUUUAUAACAUUAAAAUAAAAAAGUUUCAAUACAUGAUUUCUUUAGGAGAGUAGAGUAUCCAUCAUGCCUCUAGUAGCUAGUGUAUUAAUAUACUCUCUUAUCUUCUGCAGACAUCAAAGUUGCAAAGCCUGAAAGCAAAUAUCAUUUGCGGUUCAAAUUCAGAGCUCCGAAGAGCAUCUUCUUUUGACAGAUCACUGGAAGAAAAUGUGUGCGAGUCUGUAGCCAAUGCUCAGGUUCACGUUUCAAGUACAUCAAAAAGUGGGCCCCUUUGCUCACCAUCAGACCAUCAGAAUAAUGUUAACGAUGAGACAGCCAGGGGCAGGUCAAAAGAGCCUAGAUCGGUUAGAGCUGGUCGCUCACCUCAUGACGAGAAGAAGGUUGGGAAAUCACAUGAUGAGAAACGAACAAGGGUUCGGAAGUUGAUGGAAUUCCAUAAUAUCAAAAUAAGCCAGGUGCAUUCAGUUUGCUCUGUAAUUACGUGGUCAAAACAACAUUCUCAAGUAGCUAAACCCAGCUCUUUUGUGGAAAUUUUCAGGUUGAAUUGCUUGUUACAUAUGAAGGGUCUAGAUUCGCAGUGAAUGAUCUGAGGCUGCUUAUGGACACUUUCCACCGUGACGAUUUUACUGGGACAUGGAGGAGGCUGUUCUCAAGAGUCAAGAAGCAUAUUAUAUGGGGAGUUCUGAAGUCCGUGACUGGCAUGCAGGCAAGUCUUUUUUCCAUUUUUACUUCUUUGUUCAUGUCGUCCUGGAGGAUGCCGUCCCCCCCCCCCCCAUCAACAUCUUGAAGCACCACCCCUGGUAUCGCUUUAUUUGUGAUUCGAAGUGCAUGGUAUCUAGCACCAUUGGUUUCAGUUUUACCUGGCUCUGAAUUUGAUAUAUUCCACAACUAUUUCCCUUUUAUUUAGUCGCUGUUUCAUAAUAUCUUAUCUGGUAAUUAUUUGAAUUAAAUGUCGCUUGAAUCGUUCAACAGUCUCCCAAGCAUCUUGCUCAUAUUUUCAUUGGGUGAUGUUAGGAAUGUCAGCAUUUUAGACUAGAGUAGUAGCAGCUAAUAGUUGACGCAGAAAAUGAUUUUCACCAGCUUCCAUUGUUUGAAGUAACUUUUUAGUGCAGAGGAAUAUGGGAGCCUCUGUACAUACUUUGAUGGCGAUUACCGUCCGUGAUGUCGAUUCUCAUAAAAGGGUUGUGGUUCUUGAAUGUUGUCAUGAAAGCUAUAAAGGAGAUAUAAUUCUUUGAUAAUCAUCCCGAACUAUUCGAAUUUAUUGGUUUUUUGAGGACUUUUAAUCUUAUGGGUUACGAUACUGGUUUCCAAUUCUAUCAUUAUUAGUCGCUCUCAUCUUGAGCUCCGUAAUUGCCUCUUUCACAGGGCAAAAAAUUCAAGCACAAGGCCCAAGGCCAGAGGGAUGAAGGCAGUGCGGCCGGUGUCCCCGACAGUGAUCUCAAUUUCAGUGACAGUGAUGGAGGUCUACCUGGAAGCUCCGUUCAGUUUCCCACGUCGUUGCUCAAGCGACCUUCUGACGGGGCGGGUGAAGGGUUCGUCACCUCCAUAAGGGGACUCUUCAACUCUCAGCGCCGCCGGGCGAAGGCGUUUAUGCUGCGCACCAUGAGAGGAGAGGCUGACCCUGGAUUUCAUGGGGAAUGGAGUGAGAGUGAUGUAGAAGCCGCCCCAUUUGCCAGACAGCUGACCAUAACGAAGGCAAAGAAGCUCAUGCGGCGCCAUACGAAGAAGUUUAGAGCAAGAGGGCUGAAGGUUUCAGGUAAAACCCAAUUCUUCGACUCGAGUUUGAGGAUUACAGAACCAAGCGCCACCCCCAAGGAACUCGAAUUCCCCUGCGUAGAGGGGUGCCUAGCCUAUUUAUGCGUGUGCGAUAUCUAUUGGACCAGUCUCAGAGAUUCGAGGGCCUAAAGCAUCCACACCUUGUGCUGCGAUGUCUGCUGUUUUCCUGUACGACGACUCGGGAUUCACGGCGCAAGGUGUCUAACAUUCUUCUUCAACCUGCAGGGUCCACAUCUCAACAGCGGGAGUCGCUUCCGUCAUCCCCCAAAGAGACGACUCCCUUUGAGAGCGAUUCCUCGAGUGACUCCCCCUAUGAAGACGUCUACGAGUAG